GAAAAACUUCAAAACCAGCCAGCCAGCCAUGAACGAUCUUCUCUCCCGCUCUUUUAAACGUGCAGUAGCUGACGAUUCAUCGCCGCCUCACUCUCACAGUAUCGAGAUGCCAAAUGCUAAGUACUCCGGCGAGAACAAUCUCCAAAAAUUCUUCCUCGACGUGCAGGAGGUUAACAGUGAUCUAAAAGAGCUUGAUCGCCUCUGUCACAGCCUCCAAGUGAGCCACGACAAGAGCAAAACGCUCCAUAACGCUAAAGCGGUGAAAGAGUUGAAGGACAAGAUGGAUUCCGAUGUGUCUAAAGCGCUCAAGACGGCGAAGCGCGUGAAAGGUAAUCUCCAGGAGCUGGAUCGUGCCAAUGAAGUGAACCGGAGUUUACCGGAAAGUGGACCGGGUUCAUCUUCUGACCGGCAAAGGACGGUGGUGGUUAACGGUCUGAGGAAGAAGCUGAAAGAUGCGAUGGACCAUUUUAUGCGAGUCAGAGAGACUCUCUCGAUGGAGUAUAGAGACACCAUUCACAGGUUGUACUUCACCGUCACCGGUGAAAAUCCCGACGAGGAUACCGUCGAUCACCUAAUUGCUACAGGAGAAAGCGAAACGUUUUUGCAAAAAGCUAUACAAGAGCAAGGUCGUGGUAGGGUUUUGGACACAAUAAACGAGAUACAAGAGAGGCAUGACGCAGUCAAAGACAUCGAGAAGAGCUUGAACGAGUUGCAUCAGGUGUUUCUUGACAUGGCUGUUUUGGUUGAGCACCAAGGCGAACAGCUCGACAACAUUGAAGGCAACGUCAAACGAACCAACUCGCUUAUCCGGUCCGGUGCAGACCAGCUUGUUAAGGCGCGGUUCUAUCAGAAGAACACGCGUAAGUGGACUUGUUACGCCAUUUUGAUAUUGAUUAUUAUUGUGGUUUUAGUUGUGUUGUUUACGGUUAAGCCUUGGGGAAAUAAUGGCGGUGGUGGAGGAGGGUCGACCCGUCAAGCCACUCCGGUGCAAGCUCAGCCACCUCCAUCUCAGGCCCGGAGGCUACUUCGUUAAAACUUCUUUUCUUUCUUUUUUAGUUCUCUUGGUUUAUGCAUGCAUGGACCUCUGCUUUGGAGAUUGAUUAUUUAUCUUUUCAGUAAUGUUUUUGAUUGGUUCAAGUCCUUGUGUAUAUAUAUAUCUCAUGCGAACAGUACAUAAAUUAUUUACCUUCUAU